AUGGACCUGCAUAAGCAGUGGGAGAACACAGAAGCCAACUGGCGCAAGGAAAAGAUGGAAUUACUGGACCAGUUUGACAAUGAAAGGAAGGAAUGGGAGAGUCAAUGGAAAAUCAUGCAGAAGAAGAUAGAAGAGCUUUGCCAUGAAGUAAAGCUUCGGAGGAAAAUCAACAUGGAUGAACGUGCUAAGAUCAUCAGUCAUGAUCGUGAGAAAACAAUUCAAGAUCAAGUGCUGGAAUCUUCUCCAAAUUACCCCAGUUCAGGACGAUGUGAAUUUACAAGGAUGAAUUACCGGGAUGGUCUGGAAAAAGAAACUAAAACAGAGCAGAGCUUACUCUGUGAAGGAAAUGAAAUGUGUAAGGAACAAAAAGCAACAAAAAAAUCAAAAGUAGGGUUUAUGGAUCCUUUGGCCACAGAUAACCAAAGAGAAUGUGAGGCGUGCCCUGGUCUGAGGACUUUGAGGGAAGAGGGCAGGAGCUGCUCUGGGGCCCUCAACUUGGCUCUUGAAGAACUUGCCAAAGUUAGUGAAGAAUUAUGCAGCUUUCAAGAGGAAAUCCGAAAGCGGUCUAACCACAGAAGGAUGAAGUCAGAUUCUUUUCUUCAGGAAAUGCCAAAUGUAAUGAAUAUGCCUCAGAGAGACCACAUGAUCAACCAUGGCCAGGGCAUUCUUCCCAUCGAUUUAGAAAAAGAAAAGCAGAAAAAUAGAAAGAAUCUAAGCACCACUGUGCUCCCAAGCAACUCUAGGAAAACAUGUGAACUUGAUACAAUUGAUCUGCAAAGAAAUGAAAUUCCACCACUUCCACCUCCAAGAAGCACAUCUCGAAGUUUUCCCAGCUCAUAUGCCAAACAAGCUCAUGAAAGUUUGAAGGGAAGUUUAGAGCACAAUAGCCAGAUGGCCCAGGAGGGUCAAGGGGAAAGGAACUGCAGUCCUGAUUUCCUUUGGAGGCACAAUGAGGUUCCUAUGCUGUGUCUAGAUGAAGGGAAGACUUUGAAAGAUGGUGUCACGUUUCCUUCUUUGGCACCCAAAGCCAAAAUAGAUAACAAGCCUCCGUGUAAUGAAAAUGUUGGACUUAGCAUGUGGUCGUAUGACAGCGGGAUCAGUGCAAAAAGUAGUCCCUCUCCAUUGUGGUUUCAGAAGACCUGCUCGACUCCCAGUAAGCCACAGUGUGAAAAGAUGAUUCCAGAUCACCCUACUAAAUCUCAUCCUGAUCUUCAUAUAAGCAGUGACUGUAGCUCCUCGGUGACAGAGAGCAAUGGCCCACUUAAAAGUUUCAGUUGUGGCUUUAAGAGAACAACUAGGAAUGAAAAACUGGCAGCAAAGACUGAUGAAUUUAACAGAAUCGUAUUUAGAACAGAUAGAAAUUGUCAGGCAAUACAGCAAAAUCAGAGCUACUCAGAAUCAUCUGAAGAUCAUAAACCCUGUGAGACCCUAAUUACUCAUACAGGUAACAUAUCAGAAAAUGAUAAUGUGUCUGAUAUUCGGAAAACCAGUGCCCACGUGCCUGUGCCCAGAGAAAAUGUGCCUGACAAUCCCACCAAAAUAUCCACAACAGGCCUAGUCAGGCAAAUGCAGGAACACACGAGCCCCAGCAGUUACCGGAGUAUGCUCCAAGAGCAUGACUGGAGACCCAGUAAUUUGUCUGGCCGGCCAAGAUCAGCGGAUCCUCGGUCAAAUUAUGGUGUUGUGGAAAAGCUGCUGAAAACCUAUGAGACAUCAACAGGGUCUGCAUUGCAAAAUUCUAAAUGCUUCCAGGAUAACUGGACCAGAUGUAAUUCUGAUGUCAGCAGUGGGCCCAUGUCAAGUCAGCAGUUAGAAAGACUUCAGUUGGAACAAGAGUUUCAGCAAAAGCCAGCUAUGUGUGGAGCACAGCAAGUAAAGCGAGGAGUAGAUUGGAGAAAGAUAACAGAGGAAUCCAUGGCAGUGAAAUCUCCACGUGGAAAAGGGUUUUCCCGACCUGCUAGACCAGCAAAUCGCCGUCUCCCAUCUAGAUGGGCCUCAAGGUCUCCAUCAGCGCCCCCUGCCUUGCAGAGAACUGCCCCUAGCUAUACCAUUUCUCUGCGAUCUGCAGCAUCGAUGGUCUGA